ACCCAAUCCAACUCAGCACACCUCAACAAUGAAACCACAAUGAAAUAAGUCUACAAACAACAAUGUCCGAAACCACCUACCCCUACGACACGGGCCUCGUGCGCGAACUGCUCAAGCACAAGCGCAAAGCCCGGGGUAUCCGGUCUUGCUUCCCGUGUCGCCAUCGCAAGGUGCGCUGUGAUGGGCAGGUGCCGUGUGGGAGUUGUGUGAGGCGGAGUCACCCGGAGCUGUGUCAGGUUCCGACGGGGUUGGGUUCGGGGGGUAUGACUGGGAGUAGGAGUGGGGGUCCAGAGCAGGUUUCGCCGGGGAGUACUGGGACUGCUGCCGGUGGGGGGUCGGUUCGGGGGGAGUCGAGUCUUGAGGUUUUAAACGACCAACCACCACCAACACAACCAGACCCCCACACCAGCACGCUCAUAUCCCACCUCGAGAGAAUCGAAGACCAAAUCUCCUCCCUCAAAGCCGACCUCCGCUCCGCUCCCCCACCCCCCUCAACAGCCAGCACCACAAACACCAGCCCCCAAUCCCUCCCGGACCCCCCAAGCCAAGGUCACUCCCGACCCACCCGCCCCACAAACAGAUCCCCCGGCCGCUACUUCGUCGAAGACGCCACAGGCGCCACCAUCUUCCUAGGAAGCCACUCCGACACGCCUCUCACGCUCGGAUGUCGACGGGCGAGUGCGACGGGGGAUGCCAUGAUCCACGACGCCAUGAUGGAUCAGUUUGUGCCGCGCGCUUACCCGUUUACGAAUCUUUGGGGGCCGGAUGCGAGUGCCAGGGAGGUUUGUGAGACGUUGCCGGAGGAUGGGGAUGUUAUUCGAUACUGGCAAGCCUACCAAACAACCUCCUACCCAUUCUACCCCGCCCUCGUCACAAUCGACCAAUUCGGCCCGGCCCUCUUCUCAUUCCUCGACCGGCGCGCAGCGCCGCAAAGCGGCCUGUGGCAGACGGAGGAGCCGCACCCGUCGUGGCUGGCGCUGUUGUUCGCUGUGUUGGCGUGCGGGGUGCAGUUCUCGGAUGAUCCGAUCAAGGAGAGGGAUUUGCGGUCGAAGGUGUUGAUCUGCUCCGCCUUUCAGUGUCUGCGCAUGUCGAAUUUCUUCAACCAGACGGAUAUUGAUCAGAUUCAGGCGAUGGCGCUGAUUGGGCAUUGUCAGCGGAAUAAUCUUGAUACUAAUAGUGCUUGGAUUCUGAUGGGGGCUACGAUGCGACUGGCGCAGAGUAUUGGGCUGCAUGAGCCGUCUCUAUCUUUACCACCUGCUGAGCAGUAUCAGCGGAAUCGACUAUGGUGGACCCUCAUCUGGCAAGACACCUUCCUCUCAUUCACCUACGACCGCCCCUCCAGCUCCAUAACCAUGAACUGCCCCAUACCCUACGCCCCCCACACAAACGGGCUCACCUUCUCCGAAUCCGUCUUCACAAUCUGCUCCAUCCUCCGCGACCGCACCCGCCAAGACCUCUCCUCCACCACCACCACAACAGACCCCACGCAAAGCGCCCUCGACGCCAAACGCCAACUCGAAUCCCUCCGCGACUCCGCCGCCCCCUCCCUCCGCUCCAAAGCCCACUGCAAAUCCCUCCAAGACCACCUCGAGCGCCUCGCCCUCAACAUCCACCUCGGCUACGCCAUCUCCCGCCUCACCCGCGUCUACAUGGGCUCCUCACUGUCCCACGACCCGGAGUCAGACGACUCAGAGACCAUCCCCCCCGCCGUCGCAGCAGACGCCAUCCACCAAGCAAUGCAAGUCAUCGAGAACUUCCUCGACCUGCACCGCUUCUCAGCGAGCGUGUGCCGGUCGUGGGCGUUCGUGCAUAACGCCGUUAGCUGCGCGAUUUCCCUGCGGGGGUUGACUGCGCGGGUGCAUGUGCCUGUGGCCGGGCUGCAGGGGCAAGACCCUGACAUGCUUGUUAGGCGGCUCGUGACUGUGCUGGAGAAGGAGGAGAAGGAGUCUGAGUGGUGUGAUGCUGAUACGAAUGUUAGGUAUUUCGGGCCUUAUUCGAGGGCGUUGAAGGCGCUGCGGGAGGUUUAUCGGUGAUUUUUACUUGAACCGGUGGAUGUGUGAUUAUACUAACUGUGAUGGAUGCUCUGAGGUCAUUUGGGUCUAAAGCAAAGAAGAAAGAAGAAACAAAGAAAGAAAGAAAAAUAUAUACAG